AUGCCUCAGCAGUCUACAGCACUAGUGACGAACGAGAUCUCGGAUGAUGGAAAGCCUGAGGUUCCUGAUGACUGCUACGCCCAGGAUCUUGCCGGAAAGGACGCUUCCGAUAUUGAGGAAGAGGCGGCAGGUAAGCACGCGAGCAAGAGCAUCCAAUUCGUGUCCUCGAUCAACAACAACGAACCCAUCGUGACACGACGCGAACUAUGGAGUUAUUAUCUGUAUUAUAAUGGUGAUAACGGUGUUGGUCCCCUUGGGUACUCUAUGACACUAUUUCAGUCGCUAGCGAAUGCUGCUGGUUAUGAUCCUGUCAAGGGCCCUGGUUCUUCGUGUGAUGCGGCUGAUGCUUCGGGACAAUGCGUUGUACCUUGGGGGGUAGGAGGAGGAGGAACCAAGGCAGUGUCAAGUGUGGUUCUGGUAGCGAAUGGUGUCAGCUUCUCCGUCAUGACUAUGAUAUUCACUACAAUCGGCUCAGCCGCGGAUUACGGAACUUUUGGUCGCUGGCUCCUGUUUGUGAUUACUUGCACUUGCUGGGCUGCCCAAUUUGCAAGCAUGAGUCUCACGGAUCCUUCGCGAUGGGGUGUGGCUAUGGCUCUGUACAUGAUCGGAUUUAUCUCUUAUGGUGCAACCCUUGUUUUCUACGCCGCCGCUUUCCCCCGCCUGGCACGUAACACAGCCCAUGCUCGUGAGCUACGCGAAAAGUUGGAUGCUGGUACUAUCGCUUUGGAAGAGUACGAGAGGGAGGAAAGCAUGGAGAAGAACCGAAUCAGUAACAUCAGCACGACUCAUAGCAACAUCGGAUAUGUGGUUAUACUGUGUCUGAAUCUUUCCGUUUUGAUUCCUCUCGCCAAUAAUCCAAAGGUCGAUAACUAUACCUUGGUCCUGACAAAUGGGUACUGGGUCCUCAUUGGCAUCUGGUGGUUUAUAUUCCAGCAACCUCGUCCAGGACCACCAGUUCCCAAAGGAGAACACUACUUUACGAUUGGCUGGAAACAGAUAUGGCAAGCCAUGAAGCAAUACAGGAAACUGCCCUACACGUUCAUAUACCUCUUCGCUUUCUUUCUAUUGGCUGAUGGUCUUAAUACAACUGGGACCUUGGUAUCGAUCUGUCAAAAUGAGAAAUUCUCCUUUAGUUUCCUGCAGAAUACAUACCUUGGACUGGCGCAGGCGAUUACAUCAACAUCUAGCACGUUGGGCUUCUGGUAUAUUCAGAGAUACUGGAAGAUCAGCACUAAGAGAAUGUUUGUUGUGACGAAUGCGGUGACCAUUCUCAUACCGUUGUGGGGUAUGAUAGGCAUUUGGACUGAGGCGAUAGGAUUUCACAAUGCUUGGGAAUUCUGGUUCUAUAACAUCGUUUUCGGUUUAUUCCAAGCCCCGUACUAUGCUUUUUCGCAAACGAUGAUGGCCGAGCUAACUCCACCCGGAUUCGAUAACAUGUUCUUUGGCCUCUUCGGUCUAUCCAAUCGAGCGUCUUCUAUGAUCGGACCCAACGUCAUUCAAGCGAUUAUCGAUAAUACUGGAAACAACUGGAUGGGGUUCCCGUUCUUGUUCGCUUUGUGCACGUGUGCUUCGUUGGUAAUAUGGUUUGGGGUGGACGUUACGAAGGGGAGACGAGAUGCUGUUGCUUGGGCACAGGGAGCAGGACGAUCAAAGGUAGAUGAGGAUUAG